AUGCUCUCUUUGACACUUUUCUUGUCUUCUAUUGCCGCUUUAGCUGUUUCAUAUCCAGCAUAUGAUCAGCAGCAGCAGUAUGGAAAUGGAUAUUACGAUCAACAAUAUUCUAUGCAAUCUUCCUAUUAUCCUUCGUCCAGUCAGAGAAGAUAUCAAAAUGGAUAUCAGAGCUAUCCGGGUAUGCAAGGAAGCUAUCAAGAUUAUCAAGGUAAUCAAGGAGGAUAUCUAGGAAGAUACCAAGGUGGUUACCAAGGAUACCAGGGAUAUCAAGGAGAUCAAGGAUACCAGGGAUAUCAAGGAGAUCAAGGAUACCAAAGAAGUCAGGGAAGUCAAAUGGGCUACCCGAGCAGAUAUAGAGGAUCCGAUUCUUCUUUUUAUUCUCCAUUCAUGGAUCUGACUAACUACUAUGGCUCGCAAGGAGUUCCGCAGUACUAUGGAUAUCCAUCUUCCGCUUCGUACCAAAUGACCCCAUACUACCAAAACCAGAAUCAAUAUCAGUACAACAUGCAAGAACAACAACAACAAUACAAUACUCCAUCUCAAUCCUCGUGGUCCCCGAUGUAUUAUGGAAAUGGAAAUGGAUAUCAACAAUCCCAACUAUCUUCCCAAGAGUCUUCCAUGAGAAUUCGUCCAUUCCAAAGCACUUGGGGGCAAACUCAACGGACCAACAACUGGGGAAAUCCUUAUCAAUUCACCAAAGUGAAUGCUCAGGUUACUGAUGAGAAUGUGGAAGGAUCUGGAAUGGACUCUUCAGAACAAACAUCGAGUCCCGUUAGCACUGACGACUCUCAGAUGAUCACCAGCGAUGAUUAG